AUGGAGGUUGACACGGAGGACCGCAGCAAGAAUGCGUCAGAUGAUAUUACCGAGCCCGGAGUUGUAUACCUGUCAACUAUCCCAGCUGGGAUGAAUGUUAGCAUAGUUUCUGAUAUAAUGCGACAGUUUGGUGCUGUUGGUCGCGUUUACCUCGUCCCCAAGACCACGAAGAAGGGUAAAUUUCGUCAAUACGAGGAAGGAUGGGUAGAGUUCUUAAAGAAAAAAGUUGCAAAAAGAGUUGCCAAAGGACUUAACUGUUGUGAAGUUCCUGGUUCCAAGGUGAGUAGUGGUAAGGAAUUUUAA